AUGGGUGGUGCCUUAUGUUGCGAUGACACGGGCUCCGCUUCGCCCAGACUGCAAUCGACGGCGGCCUUCGACGAGUGGUCACGUGCAACGGGGUCUGCGAACAAGGUCAAAACAAAACCAAGCGACCCCUGGCAAAGUGCUCUGGCUGCAAAGAACAUGCCACAGAUUCCCAAGGUCAGUCGGUCCUGCUUCGUGUGCUACACAUGCGCGGCAACAGACAAGGUGCGGAAGGGCGGAGAUCUGGAGGCACCGGGUGCGAAGAGCAGACGUUGGGAGAAAUCGGGAGUUCGAAGUAUGCCGGGACAGGAACGGAUCUCAGAAAAGUGGCAGACAUUGGUUGCACGGGGGCCGAUUGCCACUGCUGCGACUUCCACGCCUGAAAAGACCACCGAGAAGCAGAAGGAGAAGCGUGCAGGUUCUCCGUUGGAGAAACAGCCAGCGAAGGCAGCCAAGGUCCAGAAAAAGACGCUGGACAGGACCGGACCUAAUGAGGAGUUGGCAGCGCUCUUCGACGAGCUGGCAUCUUUUGAGUUCAAGAAGGGUGGCACCAGCAAGUUUGCGGGCGCUGCCUUCAAGAAGGUGGCCGCAACACUGCGAGGCUUGGAGAAGGUGACAACAGGGAAGUCCCUGGCCAGCUUAAAGGGCGUCGGAAAGGAAUCAGUCAAAAAGAUUGAUCAGUACCUUGAGACUGGCAAGAUCGACAAGCUCGAGAAGUACCGCAGCGGAGAGGAGUGA